AGGCGGCCUUGCCGCGCCGCGCUGAUUGGCCGAGGGCGCCGAGGCUCGCGCUCCGUCGGUUUGCUCCCUGGCUCGCGCUCGGCCUCUGUUUGCGUGAGGAGAAAGGAAGAGGAGGAGGAGCGGGGAACGGAAGGGCCUUUUGACGCGGAUGCCGACACAAGGAGGAAAGCGGGCCUAAGCGGAGGAAGAAGCGGCCACGAAGGAACCAACAGGCGCGCGCGGCGGAGGGGAGAAUCUCUCCUCUCUCUUUCUCCCUCAGCCGUUCGUCCGCUCCUGCCCGCCCGCCCUCCCGCCGGUGGUUGGUUCCUUCCCGGCUCCUUCGGCGCUGUGAAGGGAAGGCGGAUGGCGGCAACAUCCGGGGCCUCCGGGGUGGCGGCAGCGGCGGUCGUCGCCGUCGGAGGUGGUGGAGGUGGGUCCGUCGUCGCCGCCGCCGCCCCGGCUCUCUACGCCUGCACCAAGUGCAACCAGCGCUACCCGUUCGAGGAGCUCUCCCAGGGACAGCAGCUCUGCAAGGAAUGUCGCAUUGCACAUCCCAUGGUAAAAUGUACUUACUGUCGAUCAGAGUUCCAACAAGAGAGCAAAACCAACACAAUAUGCAAGAAGUGUGCCCAAAAUGUAAAGCAAUUUGGAACGCCGAAACCUUGCCAAUACUGUAACAUCAUUGCAGCGUUUAUUGGCACAAAAUGUCAGCGCUGCACAAACUCUGAGAAGAAAUAUGGACCCCCUCAAACAUGUGAACAAUGCAAGCAGCAAUGUGCUUUUGAUCGCAAAGAGGAAGGAAGAAGAAAGGUUGAUGGGAAGCUGUUGUGUUGGCUCUGUACGCUGUCCUACAAGAGAGUACUGCAGAAGACCAAGGAACAGAGGAAGAGCUUAGGGUCUUCACAUUCUAAUUCCUCCUCCACAUCUCUUACUGAAAAAGACCAGCAUCAUUUGAAACACCAGCGCCAUCGCCAUCACCACCACCGUCACAGCAGCGGCCAUCACAAAAUCAGCAGUCUGAGUCCAGAGCAAGAUCAGGGAUUGUGGAAACAGAGCCAUAAAUCCUCUGCAGCUAUUCAGAAUGAAACUCCAAAGAAAAAGCCCAAAAUGGAAUCCAAGCCAUCUAAUGGAGAUAGCCCACACUUUUCGUUUUACAGUAGUUCUAUAAAUCAGUCAGCAGACAGCGGAGGUACUGACAACUUUGUCCUCAUUAGUCAGCUGAAAGAAGAAGUGAUGUCACUGAAACGCCUCUUGCAGCAAAGAGAUCAAACAAUUCUGGAAAAAGAUAAAAAGUUGACAGAGCUGAAGGCAGACUUUCAGUACCAAGAGUCCAACUUGAGAACAAAGAUGAACAGCAUGGAGAGAGCUCAUAAGGAAACUGUGGAACAGUUACAGGCAAAAAACAGAGAACUGCUCAAACAAGUUGCGGCUUUAUCAAAGGGCAAGAAGUUUGACAAGAGUGGGAGCAUACUCACAUCUCCAUGAAGUGCUGGCUGUUUGCAUGGGUGUUAAUAUUCAAAAGGUAAACGACUCUGUGGAAACUCCUUAGAAGCCUGUGUAGUGGAAAAAAAGAAUAUUUUUGCACACAGAGUAGUUGGCAUGUUUCCUACACCUUUUUGUAACUGAUAAUGCAGUGGAACUUUUUUUUUCUUUCCUUUUUAAGUUUAAGCCAUUUGGAUUAAAAUACUUCAGCUGGCUUGAAGAAUGCUUUUUAAAAAGAAUUUAUACAGGAGAGGACUUCUUGCCAGUUACUGGUAAUCAGUAAGAGUGCUCUUAUUUUUAACCACAUCAUGCAAUAACAUAUGCAAGGCAGCAGUUUGAGGGAGCAGUCCAUCAAGGAUGGCUAUUGUGCAGAAUCAUUAAUCUAAAUUGGAUUUAUGCAGGACACCUAGGCAAAAGCAGAACUUGCCCAGGAGCUGGGCAGAUCCACAUCAAGAAAAAUAAUGGUCAACCAUAUCAGUAUUCCAGCAACAACUAGCUUGGAAACAGAAACUGGAGCACUGGAUGCCUGACAAUUGUGCAUUAUCUUUUGGUCAAAAUAAGAGUACGUUGAAAGUCUAAAAUCAUGGUGCUUUUAUGACAAGAAGCUUAUUACCUAUAAAUAUGUAAAAGAAUUUUAACAGUUCUAUUCUUAGUGAUAACUGGUGUUUUACAUUUCUUGUGAUAGAAAUUUAAAGAGAUAUUCCCUAUUGUAAGUAUCUGAACAAAAUGUGUUUUUUGAAAAUUUACUGUAGACUUUUUCUCUUGCAAGUGCCUUUUCUCCUAACUGUUUAUUAUUUAUAGGAAUGUUGGUAUUUUGUAUAUAAAGUUUUUUCUUUUUUUAAAAAAAAAUCAUGUUUAAAUGUUCCUUUGUGGAUGUAUAUAAAUAAAUGUAUGUACAGAAUAAUCAGAUGUUAAGAUCAGAGUUGUUUAGGAUGCUAGAGAAGGUGUUAAGAUCUGGCAGGAAAGGAAUAUUGGCUGUACAUAAUUGUAACAGAUUUGUCUGUGUAGAAGGUGUUUGUCUUAACUCAUGUUGUGCCUAACUUAAUUUUUUCCCCACACACACUAAACUGUAGGGCUUCUAAAAUAUAUUUCACCUUUUGUCUCAGUGCUAAUUUGCAUAAUAUUCCCUGUGGCAUGCUCUAAAUUGAAUGACGCAGGAACAGUAUUUGAGCUAAUGUAACUCUUUGGCAAUUUCUUUUAAUAACAUUUCAUCGUACUAUGCCUUUUUAAACUGCUGGGAGAAUAUGCCUUUUUUAUUUCUCAAGAGUGAAACAAACACCCCACACACAAACAGCUUCACAUUGCUAAGGGUGCAGUCACACUGUUCUAGCACAGGUUACCCAGGAGCCAAAAGAAAUGGCCCCGGAGAAGGUCUCACAUGGGACAAAAAACGCCAGCCCCAUAGACCCGCACUGGCUUCGCUGUCUGUGGGCCAGCCAUGUAGUCAAGUGGGAUCAGUACAGGAUGAAGAAUCAUGUACCCAGCAGGAAUUGGAUAAAUCUCUUAAGACAAGUAUCUCAUUCCUCAAUAAAGAGCCUGAUGCUGGCAUUCAGAAAGUCCUAUGGGAAGCUGCAGGAUUCCAUGGAAACAUAAACAAUAGCAUACAAAGUUCUCCGAAAGGCAGGCAGCUUGCCCAUCAGUAUUGAUCUCAAGCUGCAGGAAGUGUAUUACAUGUUCUCUAUAUGUACUUCCAAUUUGUUCUGAGGAACAGCGAAGCCCAUAAAGUCAGGUCAGCAUUGCACAAGCCCAACUGUGCAUCCCUAGAACAAGUCCCAGGAUUCUGAAUAAACCAUCAGAGUUCAGUAAUAGACAGGCAGACAUCCCUCAGCAGAAUGUGGAAAGCAAUACCCGAAGGUAGGAAGUUACAGGUCCCUGUCUUACAUUUCUUCAGAUUUUUUUCUUUUUUAAAUGUUCCCUUUGGGAGUUACGAUAUGAAUUACUAUAUGAUAUGAAUUCAUUCCAGAAGGCAUGGUCUCAUCAGCUUAAAAAUGAAGCUGCUUUUCCAUAAAAUGGAAAUCCUAUUUGAUUCAAAGGUGCUCAAGUUACUAUCAAGUUACUUAAAAGAAUACUUGCGCUUCAGCUAGCGUUAAUGUGUUGUUUUUGGACCUCCAGCUACCUGAAGAUUGGGAGGAUUUGUUCCCAACAGACUACUGAAUAAUGUAAUUUGAAAGGAAAAAAAAAAGCUGCUUUCUACAAUUUUGAGGAUUAUUUUUAAUUUUUUGUAUACUAGACGAACUUUGUAAAUUUAUAAAUACUAUUUGAUUAUCUUAACAUGAUAAAACAGCUAGGGUAGAAUAUACUGCUGCUAUCCUAUUGGACUGUUUAAUCAUUGAGAAGGUUUUUUUUUUUUUUCAUUACUUACUUGCAUUUCAGAGUAUUUUGAUACUUUUUCCAGUCAAAUGACUACCUGUCACUGGUAGAUUUGGGUGGUUUUUUUAAUACAGAAACCUGCCAGAACUUUUACCAUGAAUCUGAUUCACUUUCUGAUCAAAUCAUUCUCAUUGAAACCUGCUUAUGCUGCAACAGGAACAUUCUAGAAAAAGAGACCCAGCAUUUUAAUUUUUAACUGCCAGAGCUGUACAAAUCCUAGUAUGGACCCAUUUAGGGACUUUACAGUGUUUAAAAAGAAAUCACUCUGGUUUUAUAAGUUUCAUACCCUCUCUUCACUUGGGAGUUUUUAAGGCUAGGAAUUAGCAAAUGAAAUCCUGGAGUUGUAGCUAUCUUCACAUUGAACUUUUUAAUGUAGAUUUUGAGGGUGAAAUGUACUAUAAUGUGCAUUUAAGUCAGUUUUCCAAUUGUUAAUUAGCAUUGAACAAAACCUUUCACUUGGGCUUCAGUUAUUUAUGUAUUUUAAGCCUGUGAAUAUUGCAGUUUCUUUUUAGUUAGAAAGUAUGUCCAUUCUGAGGUGAAGCUGUUCAGCUUGCUACAUGUGUAUAUACUGUUGAAAUUCUGUACUGGCACACAUUUGACAGUUGACAUUUUUGUACUUUUUUUCUAAAUCCAAUAUUUCACAAUAAAAGCUUGUUAAAACAUCA